AAAUUUGAUAUUUUUCCUGUACAUAGCCAGGGUAGUUAUGUACACAAGCUCCGAGUCUAGAAGUCGUGUAGAAGCUCCGAGUCUUGAAGUCCUCUCUCUCUCUCUCUCUCUCUCUCUCUGUUUCCGCCGAGCAGCGAAUUACAGGGACAAAAGAUGAGGAUAGUAGGACUGACGGGCGGAAUCGCAUCAGGCAAGAGCACUGUUUCAAGUCUCUUCAAAGCCAGCGGCGUCCCUGUCGUCGACGCUGACCUCGUCGCUCGCGAUGUUUUGAAGAAAGGCUGUGGUGGUUGGAAAAAGGUUGUUGCGGCAUUUGGGGAUGACAUUUUACUGCCCAGUGGAGAAGUAGAUAGGCCAAAACUGGGUCAUAUUGUGUUUUCUGAUCCUGACAAGCGCCAACUUCUUAAUAGGAUAUUGGCACCUUAUAUAUCAUCCGGCAUUUUUUGGGAAAUUCUGAAGCUAUGGAUGAAGGGCUGUAAAGUUAUUGUCCUUGACAUCCCUUUGUUGUUUGAGGCCAAGAUGGACAAGUGGACAAAGCCUAUUAUUGUUGUGUGGGUAGAUCCUGAAACACAGUUUCAACGACUCAUGUCAAGAGACAGAACAUCUGAACAAGAGUCCAAAAAUAAGAUAAGUGCUCAAAUGGCACUUGAUUGGAAAAGGACCAAGGCAGAUAUUAUAAUUGAUAACACUGGAUCACUAGAGGACUUGAAUGAACAGUUUCGAAAGGUAUUAUUGCAGGUCACAAGGCCCUUAACAUGGAGCGAAUUCGGCCUUUCCAGGCAGGGAGCAUUCUCAUUUUUCGUGUCUGUUACUAUUGGUGUUCUUAUCUUUAGGAAAGUUUAUAAUGGCAGUCGUUGACAACCAUUGUGUUUCUCAACAUGUUUAGCCCUGUUUCCAAGCUCAACCUUUCUAUGCUUCAUUUAAACAGGUUGUAAUUUUUGGAAAAAGAACUUUUUCAAUGAUAAGAAAGCUGUUUCAUUGCUCAAAAAAAUGUUGUAUAAUGUUUGUUUUUUUUGCUACUUAGCAAGGAAUGAUUUACAAUUUAAGUUUUUUCUUUUCUUUUCUUUUUAAGCAAUGUUGGUGUUUCUAUGCAAGUUUCAGAUUUUGUUGCAGUUUAAUUAUGUAUAAAUAUGUUUCUUUUGGUGCAAUUCGUAAAAAUGUUCUCUCUCAGGAAGAGAAAUCUUCUCUUUAAGUUCCAUGCCCAAAUUUAGAAUUUUACUAAUACAGAAAAGGCAAAUAAUAAUCUAAUUGAAAAUGAUGAAACGGAAAGAAGGAUCGCCAAUUGAAGACAUAAAUAUCAGCCACUGUUGUUAAAGUCAGGAUCCUGACUUCAACAGUUGGGAAGUUUUUGGUAUUGGAUUGUUGGAUGAGAUUUUGAGAUCACACAAUUGUAAGAUUCUCCUACUAGAAUAAUGUGUAAUUUCUUUUUAAAUGUCACUCUAGAAUUUUAAGAAUUUGAUGCAGUUUCCAGUAAUACGUCAAACCUAAAACUGGGACAAAGGUAAGGAAGACAUAAUUACCAUUUAUGAUGUUAUUGAAGAAUUACCACUUUACCUAAAAGCUUAAGCUAUUAGAUUGUAGCCCAACAAUGUAUAUCAAGCUUUAACACCCCCUGCAUGUGCAGCCCGGCAGCAUGUGGAGAGAUAAAACACACGAUAAAUAACACACAUUAUAGGGAACACAAUAAAACAAGGGCAUCAAGACUAGAACCCAGGACAUCCUGGUAACUAGCUUUGAUACCAUGUUAGAUUACACUUUACCCAAAAGCUUAAGCUAUUAGAUUGUGGGCCAACAAGGUAUAUCCAGCUUUAACAGAUUGCACGGUUAAAAUUUUCUGGGCUAAAAACAGUAUUAAAUAGCAAUAUAACUAACCCAUGUAGUGGAAUUGAAGGCUUUGUCAUUCCUUCCAUAGAAGUUAUAUUGAAUAAUCAGUCACUAACAUUAGAUUAUGGGUCUCCUUCUAUGUCAGUAUUGUUUCUUUGUAGAAAGAGGCUCUUAUAAAGAUGUGCAAUAUCCUUAAUGGUGCUACUACAUUAACCUUAUGAGAUUCUUCAGCUGCAUUGUCUUGGAGAAAAUGGGACUGUUGAG